AUGGGCAAUAAACAAUCUAACCAUCAUCAUCACCAACAACAACAACAGUCUUCUUCCACGAGCACCUUCACACCAACAACUAUUCCGGUUUCUAAUGAAGAGGCCUACAGAAGAGAAAUGGAAAUUUGUAGACAAUACGAAAUUGAAAGUAAGAUGAGAGAAAUGCAUGAAGCCAAGUUUCAUCAAUAUUCGGAAAAUAAGGAGCCAGCAUUGCAAAAUCUUCAAUUGGUAUUAAUAAUUGAUCACUCUGGAUCAAUGGGUUCUUUUGAUGAGGAUGCAACAGGUCAAAAUCGUUCCAAGGGCUUGGUUGAUUCUAAUCAUUGGACACGUUAUGAUAAUGUUAUUCAAGCAGCUAAAUAUCUUUCUGAAAGUAUAUUUCAAUAUGAUAAGGAUGGAAAGGUACCACUUAUUUUCUUUGAUUCAAAUGUUAGAGAAGUGAUUGUUGACAGUAUUCCAAGAUUAGUUGCUGCAUUUGAAAAAAAUCAACCAAAUUCAAGUACCAAUUUAUUAGGAGCUCUUGAAUUAGCAUUUAAAAAUCAUGUUAAUGAUCAUGAAAAUGUAUUAUUUAUUGUUUUCACAGAUGGUAGUCCUAACGGAGGUCAAGAACCAAAAAUCAAACAAUUAAUUCAAGACAAGUUGACCAAACCAGAUCCUAAUGGAAACAGAUUGAAUAUUUUAUUUAUUCGUCAUGGUGAUGAUAUCUCUGCAAUUAAUUUUUUGAAACAUUUGGAUGAUUGUGAGGCAAUUGGAAAUAAUGUUGACACCAAGUCAGAUAAUGCUAUUUAUGCUCUUGGACCAAAGAAUUUAAUUCUCAAUUCUAUAUUUGAACAUAUGGAUGCUGAAUUUUUACAAUAUGUUUAAAAUAAAUUGAUUACUUUCAUGUUUU